UGGUGUUCGUUAUCAGUCGCGUCGCGUUGCACUUUGUUUUUCUUUCGCGUGCGCAAAAGUUGGGUUUGCGAUUGCUUCUGUCGGUUCUGGACUCGGUUCAAUGGCGUUGUUUUACCCGGCAUGCGUGGUGUACAGUCGGUGUGUUUUGACGAGUUUGUCAUCGCACAAGAAGAUGCAAACGCCGAGAAGCGGAGGCCGGAAGCAUUAUUUUCAUCGCAGUUCAUGUUGCUACGCGCGUUCUCGCCUGCGUAAUGCGCUGUAAUAUAAAAUAUCAUCCCUGAGGUCCUAGGGCAUUGCACGUGAAUAUGUUAAUUGUGUCAUGUAGCAUGCGGGAUUAAAGGGGAUUGUAACAAAGCUGAUUAAGUCGCGUUAUUAACGACGUGGCUCUCGAAUAGAGCACUCGCGUGACGCUCGAGUCGUCUUCUCCACUGCGGACUCUCAGAUUGUCAUGAUGCCAUGGAGAAGUUUCCACUGAAGGGCACAUCCUUGAACUCCACGAUCCCUCACACGAAUGCAAAUGCCGUCACAACAUAUCAUUCGGUCGACGCCAAGAGCAUAAAGUAUGGUGACAGCACCAACACGGAAGAUGUACGGCUGCGCAGUGGAACUGUAAGACGUGAGACUAAUUUAAGUAGCGACGACGACGACAUGCUGGAUAUCAAUCAUCAUCACGCGUCCCAUCACGCGGAUAACAACGUGUUAUCAGACUGCGUUCGUAUCGACGAUGCGUCCUCUCACAUUUCAGUCGACUCCGAUGAUAUACCCGGUAUCGGGCAGUAUGAUGAUUUUCAUACGAUCGAUUGGCAACGGGAUAUCGCGCGAGAUCGUAUGCGGCAUCGUUACAUCGUAAAGAAGAAGCACGAUUCCAUAUGGGGUCUAAUAAAGGGAGCUCACGAUGCAUGGUCCGGAUGGCUGUGCGUUUUACUAGUCGGAUUUUUUACGGGAGUGGCGGCUGGUGUUAUAGAUAUUGGCGCUUCCUGGAUGACGGAUCUCAAAUUCGGCAUCUGUCCGCAGGCCUUUUGGCUGAAUAAGGAGCAGUGCUGUUGGAGUUACAAUGAGACUACCUUCGAUGGCGGAAAUUGUUCACAGUGGUGGACGUGGCCCGAGGUAUUCAAUCAGUCAAAGGAGGGCGCAGGGCCAUACACGAUUUCAUAUUUAUUUUACACAGCAUGGGCCCUGCUGUUUGCAGCACUCUCCGCGUCUCUAGUGCGAAUGUUUGCACCUUAUGCUUGUGGUUCUGGUAUACCCGAGAUAAAGACAAUUUUGAGCGGCUUCAUUAUUCGUGGAUAUCUGGGUAAAUGGACACUGAUCAUCAAGUCAGUAGGCCUGAUCCUCUCUGUAUCGGCAGGCUUAAGUCUGGGAAAGGAAGGUCCCAUGGUGCACAUCGCGUGCUGUAUAGGAAAUAUAUUUUCUUAUCUAUUUCCGAAGUAUGGUAGAAACGAGGCGAAGAAACGAGAAAUCUUAUCUGCUGCCGCAGCAGCUGGAGUUUCCGUUGCUUUUGGAGCACCGAUCGGCGGUGUGCUAUUUAGCUUAGAAGAGGUCAGCUAUUAUUUUCCAUUAAAGACUUUAUGGCGAUCGUUCUUCUGCGCGCUGAUAGCUGCUUUCGUGCUGCGUUCCAUUAAUCCAUUCGGAAAUGAACACUCAGUAUUGUUUUAUGUAGAAUACAAUAAACCCUGGAUAUUCUUCGAACUGAUUCCCUUUGUCAUGCUUGGCAUAAUCGGGGGAAUUAUAGCAACAUUAUUCAUCAAGGCGAACCUCUUUUGGUGCCGAUAUCGCAAAACUUCCAAGUUAGGGCAGUAUCCUGUUACUGAAGUGUUAAUCGUGACAGUGGUAACUGCGGUAAUUGGAUAUCCUAAUCCGUACACGAGAAUGAGCACGAGUCAACUCAUUUAUUUGUUAUUCAGCCAAUGCGGCGUAUCGAAUGGGGAUAUGUUGUGCGAUUACAACAGGAAUUUCACCGCCGUGAAAUCUGCGAUCGAGAUCGCCGCGGCCGGUCCAGGAGUUUACAAAGCGAUAUGGCUGCUCGUGCUGGCACUGAUACUCAAACUUGUUAUGACGAUAUUCACGUUCGGCAUGAAAGUGCCCUGCGGUCUGUUCAUUCCGUCCUUGUGUCUCGGAGCGAUAAUGGGCCGUAUCGUCGGCAUAGGGAUGGAACAGCUCGCUUACAAUUAUCCACAUAUAUGGAUGUUCAGCGAGGAGUGUUCGACGGGCGUCGACUGCAUCACACCCGGAUUGUACGCGAUGGUCGGUGCCGCCGCGGUUCUCGGUGGCGUGACCAGAAUGACGGUCUCCCUGGUCGUCAUCAUGUUCGAGUUGACGGGCGGCGUGCGGUACAUCGUGCCUCUGAUGGCCGCGGCGAUGGCAAGCAAAUGGGUCGGCGAUGCCCUCGGCAAACAGGGCAUCUACGACGCUCAUAUCGGUCUGAAUGGCUAUCCGUUUUUGGACAGCAAGGACGAGUUUCAACACACGACUCUGGCGGCGGACGUCAUGCAGCCCAAGCGAAACGAGGCUCUUCACGUUCUCACGCAAGACUCGAUGACAGUUGAGGACGUGGAGAAUCUGCUUAAGGAGACGGAACACAACGGCUUCCCCGUUAUAGUCUCCAAGGAAUCUCAAUACCUUGUCGGUUUUGUUCUACGGCGGGAUCUUAAUCUCGCGAUUGCCAAUGCCAAAAGAAUGAUCGAGGACAUCAGUAGGCAGUCAUUAGUCAUCUUCACCAACGGAAACAAUAUCCAGAGCCACUCGCCACCGCCUCUGAAAUUGAAGAAGAUCUUGGACAUGGCACCUAUCACUAUCACAGAUCAAACUCCCAUGGAAACUGUAGUCGAUAUGUUUAGGAAAUUGGGAUUACGCCAAACUCUUGUCACGCAUAACGGGCGACUUCUAGGCGUUAUCACGAAGAAGGACGUCUUGAGGCACGUGAAGCAACUCGACAAUGAGGAUCCGAAUUCUGUUUUAUUCAAUUAAGCGUUACCGCCAUCACGAUAGCCAGCUUCGGAGUUAUAAUUCGAUGCAUAUUAAUGAACAAUCAUUAUACAGAGAUAAUUUAUAUAUGAAUUUAAUUGAAGUGUAUUUUAUCUACUUCGUCGAUCUAGCUGCGCACUUAAAUUAUUGCGACACUGUAUGUAACUAGAAAAAAAAGCGUGCAAUAGGCUUAGACUAUCAAAAAUUUGUACAUUAAUACCUUAUUUCAAUGAAAUAGGAAACGCUUCAGAUUUUAUCAUCUUGUCAUGUAUUCCAAUAAGAUAAUUUUAUUUUUGGCAUUACAAUCAAUAAUAGAUCAUUAUAUUGACAAAUCACAUGAUAC